AUGCUCGCCUCACCCUUCCGUCAGCCCGCCCGCGUGUGCCUCCGCUGCCUGCGCACCUCACGCGCCUUCCUCCGCUUCUCCAGCACCGAUGGCGCCAGCUCCUCUCCCAUCCUGUCCCGCCUGCGUGAAGACAUGAAGGCCGCCAUGCGCUCCAAGGACCAGCCCACGCUCGCCGUCGUCCGUAGUCUUCUUGCCGACAUCACCAACCUCUCCAAGACCGCAUCUCCCAUUGCCAACGACACCCACCUGCGCUCCUUGCUUCUCAAGAAGACUUCGCAGGCCCAGGCUGCCGCGCAGGAGUUCCGCGAUGCCAAGCGCGAGGACUUGGCUACCAAGGAGGAUACCAGCGUGCAGAUCAUGCAGCGGUAUGUGGGCGAAAUCGAGGAAGUUGGUGGCCUGGUCAAGGACGAGGAAGUGAAGGAAGUGGUUCAGAAGACGCUGGCUGAGUGGAGCGAGGGCAAGAAGGAUUUUGGAAGCGUGAUGAAGAAGGUCUUGGGCGUGUUCGAAGGCAAGAUGGUGGAAAAGAGUGAUGUUGCAAAGGCCGUGAAAGACGCCCUGGCAUCUAAGUAA